AUGGUGCGCCUAUCGACGGUGGCAUUGGCGACCGCCGGUGUGCUAUCCCCUAGCACCUGGCUGGCCGCCGCGAUAACAGCCGACGAGAUCCCCAGCGACCUGCCCGUUUCCCAGCUCCUCACCACGGCCCAGGCGCACCUCGCGCGGCGCGAGACCAACGACGCCCUGGUCUACUACGACGCCGCCAUCGCCCGCGACCCCAAGGACUACAUGACGCACUUCAAGCGCGCCACCACCUACCUGAGCGCGGGACGCCUGUCCCACGCCACCGAGGGCUACAACAAGGUCCUCGAGCUCAAGCCCGGGUUCGAGGGCGCCCACCUGCAGCUGGCCAAGAUCAAGCAGCGGUCCGCGGACUGGGAAGGCGCCCUCCAGGACUACAAGGCCGCGGGCAAGACGGCCGGCAAGUCGCAGGAGGUGGACGAGCUGCUCGAGGCCAUGGGCGCCGCCGAGCUGGCCGAGGCGGCCGCAAAGGAGGGGAACUGGGACGAGUGCGUGCAAAACGCUGGCGUGGCCAUCUUGGUGGCCAACCGAUACCUGCAGCUGCGGGAGCUGCGCGCGAUGUGCAGGUUCAACAAGGGCGAGGUCGAGGAGGGCAUCAGCGACCUCCACCAUAUCGCCAACCUAAGCCCCGGCGACGUCACGCCAUGGGUCAAGAUGUCGGCCAUCUCGUUCUACGCGCUCGGAGACAUCAAGGACGGCCUGACGCACAUCCGCAAGUGUCUGCACUCUGACCCGGAGAACAAGGCGUGCAAGAAGCUGUUGAAGCAGGAGAAGGCCAUCAACAAGGUCUUGGAGAAGGUCGAAAAAGCAUUUAGCAAAAAGCAGCCUAUGACGGGCACCAAGAUGCUGAUACCAAACAAGGAGGACCCUGGGUUGAUCAGCGAAAUCAAGGAGGAGGUUGAGACGUUGAGGAAAGACGGCAUAAUACCACCCAAGGCUCCAAACGCCCUCCUCACGAGGGGAGUAGAGCUUGCUUGUCAAGGUUAUUACGAUAUGAACAGCAAAAAGGCCCAGGAGUACUGCGUGGAGGCGCUCAAACUGAACGAGAACUCGGUAUACGGCCUCCUGUACAAGGCCAAGACGCAAGAAGAGAGCGAUGACUACGAGGCCGCCAUCAGGACGCUUGAGAAGGUUUCGGAGCUGGCCCCGGACAAGCACGACCUGGUCCAUGAGCUGCUCCAAAAGGCGCGCAUCGAGCUCAAGCGCAGCAAGACCAAGGACUACUACAAGGUGCUGGGAGUGGCGCGCGACGCCGACGAGAGGCAGAUCAAGUCGGCCUACCGUAAGCUGUCCAAGCUGCACCACCCGGACAAGGCCCACAAGAGGGGCGUCACCAAGGAGGAGUCGGAGAAGAUGAUGGCCUCCAUCAACGAGGCGUACGAGGUCCUCAGCGACCCCGAGCUCAGGGCUCGCUUCGACCGCGGCGACGACCCCAACUCUCAGGAGCAGCAGGGCAACCCAUUCCAUGGCCAUCCGUUCGGCCAACAGUUCAUGUUCCAACAAGGGGGUGGCGGCCAGCAGCAGUUCAAGUUCCAGUUUGGUUCGGGCGGUGGCUUCCCUGGUGGCUUCCCUUUUGGCUAA